CGCUGAGCAAGCACUUACUCGGAGUAAAAAGCCACUCGUCACUGAAAAAAGACCCAAAAUUUCAGAUCCAGUUUCUUCAGAAACCCAGAGAUCCAUAUCUGACAUUCAUUCACACCCCAAACAAUGGGGUUUCGUUCUUUCUUCUCUGCAUUUUGCCUCCUUCUCAUCCUCGCCUUCUUCUCUCCGCUUCUCCAUGCCAAAACCCUCAAACGCGACGUGAAAGCUCUGAACGAGAUAAAGGCGUCCCUUGGGUGGCGAGUGGUGUACGCGUGGGUCGGCGACGAUCCUUGUGGCGACGGCGAUCUCCCGCCUUGGUCCGGCGUCACCUGUUCCACUCAGGGCGAUUACCGAGUCGUCACCGAAUUGGAAGUUUAUGCAGUUUCGAUUGUUGGGCCUUUUCCUACUGCUGUUACUAAUCUACUGGAUCUCUCUAGGCUGGAUCUCCAUAACAACAAGUUGACAGGGCCUAUUCCUCCUCAAAUUGGACGGUUGAAGCGUCUCAAGAUUCUUAAUUUGAGAUGGAAUAAGCUACAAGAUGUGAUCCCUCCUGAAAUUGGCGAGCUGAGGAGUUUAACACAUUUAUAUCUGAGCUUCAAUAAUUUCAAAGGGGAAAUUCCUAAGGAACUUGCUAACCUUCCGGAGCUUCGCUAUCUAUAUCUACAUGAAAAUCGUUUAACUGGGAGGAUUCCACCAGAGCUAGGCACCCUUCAAAAACUUCAACACUUGGAUGUUGGUAACAAUCACUUGGUGGGCACUAUAAGAGAACUUAUACGCAUUGAGGGUUGUUUUCCGGCUCUUCGCAACCUUUAUUUAAAUAACAAUUACUUUACGGGUGGAAUUCCAUCACAGCUCUCAAACUUGACCAACUUGGAAAUUUUCUACCUGUCCCACAACAAGAUGUCUGGGAUAAUACCAUCUGAGAUUGCUCACAUUCCUAAAUUGACGUACUUGUACUUGGAUCACAACCAGUUUACGGGGAGGAUUCCCGAUUCCUUCUAUAAACACCCAUUCUUGAAAGAAAUGUACAUUGAAGGAAAUUCAUUCCGAUCAGGUGUAAACCCAAUUGGUGUCCACAAAGUUCUUGAACUCACUGAUACGGAUUUUCUUGUUUAGUUACGAUAAUCCAUCUAUUCUUUGUUUACUUAAAGUUGAGUUUUGCUCCCUUCAAAAGAAGGAUUAGAGAGAGAGAGAGAGAAGAGAGUUUAGUAGCCCCCUCUAUGAAAGAAAUAUAAUAUUUAACUUGUAAUUCGCAUGUCAUAGUAUCAAUGAACUAUUGUUGUAGCUCUGUUAUUGAUAAAUAACUGUAUAUUAAUGGGAAUUCGGGAAAAUAUUAAUAGCAUGUCCAAAAGGAGCUUUGGUCGUCU